CACUUCAUAACUUUCCGGGAAAAUCUCUCCGUUUUUCCUUUGUCUCGACCCUCAUUUUUCUCUCUCUCCGAUAUCUUGGUCGGAAUAUCCUGUUCUUCUGCAGAAUUGGCAACGGGUCCUCUCUGUAAUCGAUUUCUAGGUGUGGAAUGAGUAGAAGAUGUUGUAGGGAAGAAGAGCGCUUGAGAUUUAUAUCUGAUCACCUUGUUGCUUAUUUUGCAUAUCGAUGGAAUUCGAAAACUAGGGUUUUUCGAUCUGACCUUCCACUCGCGUUUUGAUCUACGCUGUUACCUGUUUUUGCAAAAUACCCUUUCUGAAGUCGAUAGCGGUUUUCGAUUUGUCAGAGGUGCUGUUUGGAUUUUGAAUCCCUAGGGUUUUGCUGCGGUUUCACUACCUCCGAUUGAGUUUAGAUUUCGAGAAAUCAGGGUUUUUGCGUAGAGUUACUCCUUAUUGAUUCAGGAACUUGAGAAACUAGGGUUUUUGUGCCGGUGAGUUACCGCUCCGAUUGAUUUUGAGGAAACUGGAGACAUAGGGUUUUGUGUUGCGGUUUCGUGGCUCCUGUUGUUUUCGGUGAUAUCUGGAGUUAGGGUUUUGUGGCAGUUGUGGUUCUCAGUUGAUGAGAUAGUGCACAAUGGAUAUUGAUGAGGUUGAGGAUGUUCAUAUUUUGGAUCCUGAGCUUUUGCAGUUACCGGGUUUGUCUCCACUUCCACUUAAAACAAGCCCUCAAAUUGCUGAAGAGCUUUUCUCUCACUGGCUUUCACUUCCAGAAACUGGCCGCUUGGUUAAGUCUUUGAUUGAUGAUGCUAAAACUGGGACCCCCAUUAGCGUGUCCAAGAACUAUUCCAGUAUCAAUGUUGCUUGUGGCGGUGGUAUGCCGUCUGUGUUUCUGGGAGGUGGUACUCCCCCGUUAUCACCUCGGAGCUCAUCUGGCUCUCCUCGUUUCUCAAGGCAAAAGACAAGUCCUUCAUCUCUACAUUCUCCACUGAAAUCAGUCAAGGGGCCAAAGCGUGAAGUUAUUCCUCAGUUUUAUUUUCAACAUGGGCGUCCUCCAGCGAAGGAACUAAAGGAACAAUGUAUAUUGAUGGUUGAUCAAAUUUUCAGCAAUUAUAUGGACAGACUUCACAUGGAUGAAUUCAAAUUCAUUACAAAAGAAGUCUGUAAGCUGCCAUCUUUUCUUUCUUCCUCACUUUUCAAAAAGAUAGACACUGAUGGCACUGGUGUAGUUACGAGGGAUGCAUUUAUCAAGUAUUGGGUUGAUGGAAAUAUGUUAACCAUGGAUACAGCCUCGCAGAUAUAUAAUAUUCUACGGCAGCCGGGUUGCAAAUACCUAAGACAGGAUGACUUCAGACCAGUUCUUGAUGAGCUUCUGGCAACUCAUCCUGGCUUGGAAUUCCUGAGGAAUACAUCUGAGUUUCAAGAGAGAUAUGCUGAAACCGUCAUCUACAGAAUAUUUUACUACAUAAACAGAUCAGGGAACGGUUGCCUUACACUAAGAGAGCUGAAACGUGGAAAUCUUAUUGCUGCUAUGCAACAAGCUGAUGAAGAAGAAGACAUCAAUAAAGUUCUUAGGUACUUUUCCUACGAGCACUUCUACGUCAUAUACUGCAGAUUUUGGGAGCUUGAUGGUGACCAUGAUUUCUUUAUCGACAAGGAAAAUCUCAUCAAAUAUGGUAACCAUGCCCUCACCUACAGGAUUGUUGAUAGAAUAUUUUCACAGAUUCCUAGGAAAUUUACGAGCAAAGCCGAGGGAAAGAUGGGUUAUGAGGAUUUUGUUUACUUCAUUCUUGCUGAGGAAGACAAGUCAGCUGAGCCUAGUCUUGAGUAUUGGUUCAAGUGCAUAGACUUAGAUGGAGAUGGCGUGAUUAGGCCAAAUGAAAUUCAGUUUUUCUAUGAAGAGCAAUUGCAUCGCAUGGAGUGCAUUACCCAGGAACCUGUUCUUUUUGAGGAUAUACUAUGUCAAAUAAUUGACAUGAUCGGACCAGAGGAGGAGAAUUGCGUCACACUCCGUGAUAUUAAAGGAUCCAAACUUAGUGGGAAUGUUUUCAAUAUACUCUUCAACCUGAACAAAUUCAUGGCCUUUGAAACUCGUGACCCUUUUCUAAUUCGCCAGGAAAGGGAGGAUCCUACGUUGACAGAGUGGGACAGGUUUGCGCAGAGGGAAUACGUGAGGUUGUCAAUGGAGGAAGAUGUAGAAGAGGUCUCAAAUGGAAGUGCUGAUGUAUGGGAUGAACCUCUCGAACACCCAUUUUAGCCCUUAGAAAGGAAUCGGCGUUCCCUCUGUCAUUUUCUUGGGGAAGAAGAAAGAAGAAAUGGCUCACAAUAUCCGCGAGAGACUUGAGAAUCGGUCGGCGGUCGGCCUCCAGAAACUUCCGACAAUGGACUUUAUUUCCAAAGAGCCUUCUUUCAUGUGAAGUUUUUGUCCUUUUUUGUUCUUGGUGUUUCAUAGUUUUCCAGGUUGAAACUCUCUCUCUCUCUCUCUAUAUAUAUAUAUAUAUAUGUACGUCUGUAUAUAUUUUUUCUUGGUAAACACUAUUUCAUAAUGAAAAAGGAAGAACCAUGUACAACAAAAACGAACUUAGAAGAGGCUUUUGGUAGAGUACGGGUGGACUUUUGUUCCGUGUUA